AUGUCUGCCUUCACAAUUCCUCCUCCCGUAGCAAAGAAGAUCGAAAGAGCAAUGAGAACUUUUCUUUGGGGAACGAAAGAUGGUAGAAAUAGAACUGCACUGGUGGCAUGGCACAAAGUAUGUCAUAGCAAACAAGAGGGGGGGUUGGGGAUAAAAGUUAUAUCAGUGAUGAAUGAUGCAUUACCGUGCAAGUGGCUAUGGAGAUUCUCAAAUGAACCGGAGGCAUUGUGGAGAAGAUUUGUUGAGGAUAAUUAUGGGUGUGAUAAUAAUGGGUGGGAUGCUAAGCAAACUAAGCGACCAUAUGGCACGGGGUUAUGGAGAGGGAUUUGCAACAGAAUGGAUAAAUUCAGAUUGGGAAUAAUGCACAAGGUUGGAAAUGGGAGAAGAACUCGAUUCUGGUUGGAUAAAUGGCUGGGUGGGGAGGUUCUCAAGGACAAGUUCCCAAAUCUUUAUGAAGUUACUAGAAAGCAAGGGAGUUGGGUAAGCGAACUAGCUACAAGCAACAUAGAAGGGGGUACUAGUUGGGACUUGGAUUUUAAAAGAAGAUUCACUGAUACGGAGAUCCACGAGGCAACAACUCUAUCUUCUCUAUUAGAGGGGGUUAUCUUAAGUGAUGUGGAAGAUAUCAGAAGUUGGAGAUGGGAGACUAGUGGAGUCUUUUCAGUGAAGUCAUGCUACCAAGGUCUGGCGAAGAACUCAGGUAUCAUUUUCCCUUAUGCACAAAAUAUGGAAACCAUUAGUACCAACCAAGGUCUGUUUCUUUGUUUGGCUAAUUCAUCAUAA